AUGGAUGUGACCCUGUACCUAUAUGAAGCUGGUGGAGUUAUUCUUGACUUAACAUCGAAACUUGGGGCGAAUGCUGAGAGCUGCAUCUCUAUGGCUCUAUCUGAUUUUUAUAAUUUGCCUACUCAUGCAAAUUAUACAACAAGACUUGUUCUUCACACCAUCGAUUCCAAAAAUGAUGUUGUGAUUCAGCAUCCUCAGGUACUUCACUCUUUAUACUUGAUGAAAGAUGUAGGGGUACAAGCUCUCAUAGGGGCACAACAAUCAAUUCAAGCUUCCUUUGUGAUCGAUCUUGGAGAAAAAGCUCAAGUGCCAAUUGUGUCUUUCUCUGCAACAAGUCCUUCUCUUUCUCCCCUUAGAAGUCCUUAUUUUAUAAGAAUAGCAAUCAAAGACUCAACUCAAGUUCAAGCCAUUGCUGCCAUUACCAAAGCAUUUGAAUGGAAGGAAGUGGAGAUUGAUGUCCAUGUGCCAUACAGGAGUUCUAUUCCUUUGGAUGCAAAUGAUGAUCAAAUAUUAGAAGAACUUCACAAACUAACAACCAUGAAGACUAGGGUUUUCAUUGUCCACAUGUCUUCUUCUAUUGGAUCUCAACUUUUUAUUAAUGCAGACAAGGCAGGAAUGAUGAGCCAAGGUUAUGCUUGGAUUGUCACUGACGGGUUAUCAAGUAUAUUGGCUCUCAUGGAUUUCAAUGCUAUUAACUCAAUGGAAGCUAUGGCAGUAGAGCGAGUCAGAACAUUAGAUACUCAGUUCCUGAGUAGUAACACCACAGAAAAUUUAACUGAUCUUUCGAGCCUCAGAUACUCAGCAAUCAGUCCACAACUUCUCCAAACUAUCUUGACCACUAGAUUUGAGGGCCUAAGUGGUGAUUUCCAUUUGGUUAAAGGACAACUGAAAUCUUCUACUUUUCAAAUAUUCAAUGUCAUUGGGGAGGGGGAGAGACUGAUUGGAUACUGGACCCCAAUGGGAGGCAUUUCAAGGCAGUUAAACACAAUGAGCAACUUAACAAAUUCGAAUUCUAUGAGUAACCUCAAAGCCAUUUGUUCUGAUGGAAACAAAUAUAACUUCGAUGCAGCUGUGGGGGAUAUAACGAUUUUGGGGAAUCGAUCUAGUUAUGUAGAUUUCACAAUGCCUUUUUCAGAAUCAGGGAUCGUAAUGGUGGUGCCAAUGAAAGAUAACAUGAAGAAAGAAUUUUGGAUGUUCGUAAAGCUUUUAAGCUUAAGUCUUUGGCUGGUGAGUAUGGCAGGUUUUGUUUACAUAGGAGUCGUGGUGUGGAUUCUUGAACAUCAGAUAAAUCCUGAGCUUGGUGCAUCACGCGUAAAACAAUUUCAAGCAAGCAUCUGGUUCUCCUUUUUAACACUCGUAUUUGCCCAACGAGAGAAGAUUGAGAACAACUUAACAAGGGCAGUGUUGAUCACAUGGGUGUUCUUUGUGCUCAUCCUAAGACAGAGUUAUACAGCAAGCCUUUCUUCCAUGUUAACAGCAGCACAAUUGCAGCCAACAAUCACAGGUGUUAAAGACAUAAAGCAAAAUGAAUAUUAUGUGGGAUAUCAAGAUGAUAAUGGAGGAGCUGAUGCCAUUUUUGAUGAAAUACCUUAUAUCCAACUCUUCCUCAAUAUGUUUUGCAAUAAAUACACCAUCAUCGGACGCACCUACUUGUCUGAAGGAUUUGGCCUUUUCCCAUCUACUACCCAUGGUGGAGAGAAACUCUUCACCCGCCCCAUAUGACCCUCUAAUUGAAUUGGAUUGGAGAAUGGUAUUUCGGACAAUAAACAAUAG